AUGCCAAACUACGCUUCAAAAACCUCCAACACCACACGCAAAUCUUAUUCGUACUCACGACACGACGGUCCGUUGAACGGAUUGGCCAAACAAUUCAUAGAACAAAUUAACAAAGGCACAAAAUACUCGCAAAUACAACGAAGCAUCUGUGAUUACCUUGAAGAGCAGAAUCUUGAACUCGCCGAAAUCUUGGAACGUAUUGAAAAUGGUUAUCGAGGUCACGAGUACCGUAAACAAUUUAGAGUAUUGAAUGGAUUUUUUCAUGAAAAAUUCCGUGAAUGUUACGAUCCGAGAAAAGCCUUUGCAGAGUAUAAAGCUGCAGCGGAGACAAAUUAUUCAUAUGGAUAUUUAUUCGUCGGUAUCUGUUAUGAAAAUGGUAGCGGCGUAAGGAAAAAUCCCAAAAGAGCUUUCGAAUAUUAUCAGAAAUCGGUUGAAUACAGUACAGACAAUAAUUUUGCGUGUGGUCAAUAUCGUCUUGCUAGGUGCUAUGAGCGUGGUGUAGGAACACCAGUUGAUAUUAAGCUUGCUUUCCAUUGGUUCAAGAAAGCCAUAAUUGCCGGUAAUCUUGGCGCUCUGAAUAACAUCGGUUGCUGGUACGAAAAAGGCGAAUAUGUGAAAAAAGAUCUCUCAGAAGCAUAUAAACACUACUAUCAAGCAGCAAAAGAAGGUCUUCCCUGUGCCCAAUUCAAUACAGCUGAAUUUCUUCGUCGCGGAUGUGGCACCAAAAAAGACGAUGCACGCGCUUUUCAUUGGUAUCAAAAAGCUGCCGCGAAUGGAGAAUCAGGUGCUCAAUUCUGGUUAGCACAGUAUUAUCGAAAGGAAGGGGCUAACCAAAGCAACAGAUUGGCGUUGAAAUGGUAUUUGGAAGCAGCUAAAGCGAUUGAAGUCACUGAUGAAAUUAUCCAAACUUAUUACAAUCUUGCUCUUAUUUAUGAUUAUGGUCAACUUGGCACGGUUCGUGAUAAUAAAAAAGCUUUUGAAUGGUACCAAAAAGCAUCGGAUGCCGGUGUUGACGAAGCUACUAAACGAUUAGCUGAGUGUUAUCGACAUGGCCUUGGAACUGAAAUUGAUCUUGACAAAGCAAAUAAAUUGGCAGUAAUUGGAAAAGAAAGUGACACGAAUAAUGAUCGAAAAUCCUUAUCCUUCUCCCUUUCACCAUCAAAAAUUUUGUAA